AUGCGUUCCGCUAUCAUCGCUGCUGCUGCCUUUGCAGCUCUGGUUUCCGCCGACAGCACUGCCAACCCCUUCAGCAACCCCACUGGUGGUUACGUUUUCACCUCCGGUGAUGCCACCACCCUGACCUGGGAUCCCACUACCAGCGGCACUAUUUCCCUGCGUCUGCAGUGGGGUUCCGUGACCACCGCCGAGUCCGGUGAUGCUAUUGCCUCCGACAUUGACAACAGCGGCACCUACACCUGGGAUGUGCCCACUGACCUGGUUAAGGACCGGGAGUACACCAUCGAGAUCCUGGACGACAGUGACUCGGAUGAUUACAACUUCCUGCCUUACUUCACCGUCGCUGGUGCCACCGCUACUGCCUCGGCAACUACCUCUGCCAGCUCCACUUCGACCUCCGCGGCUUCCACCUCGACCUCCUCGGCUUCCACCUCCAGCGAGGCUACCUCAACUUCCACUGCUUCCAGCAGCUCGUCUUCCAGCUCCGCUAGCACCAGCAGCACCCCUACCACCAUGACCACUAUGAGCACCUCGGCUUCUAGCACCGCCGCUUCCACUGCUAGCUCCACCUCGACUUCCAGCUCCAGCUCCACCUCCGCCAGCACCUCUGCUACCUCCACAUCCGUCCCCACUGGCGCCGGUAGCAUGAACCGUGUCUCCGGUGCUUUGCUGGCCGUCGUUGCCGUCGUUGCCGCUCUCCUGUAA